CAUCCCCCUGCACCCUCUGCCUCAUUCUCUGUCUCAGGGAAGGUCAGAGAGCAAACAAAGCUGCCUGUUCACAGAGCCUCGGCCAGCCUCCGGGAGAGGUCGCUGUCUGCUGGUAUCCAGCCCCCACCCUGUGCAAGGCAGCCCCCGGAGAGGCAGAAUGGCUGGCAGAUUCUGGCUGGCAGCCAGCACCCUGGCCAUGAUCCUGGGCAUGGCAGUAACUCAGGACGUGUGUCAAGCACCGCCCGGCAAAGACGGUUACCCUGGAGUACCAGGCCUCAACGGGAGGCCAGGGCAGAAAGGCGACACAGGCGAGCCAGGGUUACCGGGAAGAAAGUCGGGAAUCCGGGGACCCAAAGGUGAUGAAGGGGAACCUGGACCUCCUGGCAUGCCUGGGAACCAGGGCUACAGGGGGCCAAAUGGUUCCCCCGGGCUCCUAGGGCCGCCGGGGAGGAGGGGAGACAAAGGCAUGUCUGGCAAUAUCAAGGAUCAGCCCCGGCCCGCCUUCUCGGCCUCCAGGAAGAACCCCCGCACCAGAGGGAACGUCGUGGUCUUUGACAAUGUCAUCACCGACCAGGACAGAACCUACAACGCCGAGACGGGCCAGUUCACCUGCCGCGUGCCCGGCGUCUACUACUUUGCCUUCCAGGUGAUCUCCAGCGGGAACCUCUGCCUCAGCCUCAUCCGCAAUGAGAGAAAGGAGUUGGGCGUCUGCGACAGCAACAGCCGUGGCAUCCUGCAGGUGAACUCAGGGAGUGGCGUGCUCCAGCUGGCCAAGAACGACCAGGUCUGGCUCGAGAGCGACCCCCGCCAAGGCAACCGGGUGUACGACGGCACCGAGGCCGACAGCGUCUUCAGCGGCUUCCUGCUUUUCCCUGAGAACCACCACCAACUUCCUCCUGGCUGGUGUCGCAGUCAGAGCGCUGACAAGCCAGCCAGCAGCCCCACCACAGCAGAGCCCUCCGGAGAGCGCGGGAGCCAGCGCCCUGCCCCAGAGAGUAGGACAAUGACGGCCAAGAACGUCUGGGAACCAGUGGGCCUGGGCCUAGCCUUUCUCCUCCUGGCGCUGGAGACCACUGUGACAGGCAGUGCUUCCCACAGCUGCUAUGGGAUCCCUGGGCUGCCUGGCACACCUGGUAUGCCUGGCAAGGAUGGCAGAGAUGGGCUGAAAGGAGUCAAAGGUGAACCAGGCAUUCCGGCCAUUCCUGGAACCCGAGGGCCUAAGGGGGAGAAAGGAGACCCUGGCAUCCCCGGCCUGCCAGGAAAAACUGGUCCCAUGGGUCCCCCUGGCACCUGGGGAGAGCCAGGCGAGCAAGGCCAGCCUGGGAGCCCUGGCCUGCCGGGCAAUUACAAGCAGAAGCACCAGUCGGCCUUCUCAGUAAUGAGGCAGACCGGGAAGUACCCGGACAAGAACGCCCCUGUGGUGUUCAACCAUGCCAUCACCAACCUCAGCGAGGACUACAACACCACCUCGGGCAAGUUCACCUGCCGCGUGCCCGGCCUCUACUACUUCGUCUUCCACACCUCCCAGACCGCCAACCUCUGUGUCAACAUGUACCAGAACCGGCAGAAGGUGGCCAGCUUCUGCGACCACAUGUCCAACACCAAGCAGGUCAGCUCCGGGGGCCUCCUGCUGCGCAUGGACGCCGGGCACCAGCUCUGGCUGGCAGUCAAUGACUACAACGGCAUGGUGGGCAUCGCUGGCUCUGACAGCAUCUUUUCCGGCUUCCUGCUUUUCCCAGAUUAG